CUGAAAAAUCAAACAAAUAAUUUACAAAUACGUUUUCAAUUGCGGAAACUAGCUGAACGUGCCCUGUUUCUGCUGAGCUCGUCCAGACCCAGCUGAUGCGCCCAAAGCAGUGAACACAAAACGCGAAAAGAAUUAAGUUAUUAAUAUUAUCAAAUAAUGGUCGACCCCAAUAGAAAAAUAAAUCGCCUGGCGGACAAGGACCUCAAUUUCCUGGAGUCCUGUGAACUAGAGUUCGCCGGCCGCUUUACAGACAACGACCCAGAGUUUGUGGCACACUGCAGCAAACCAGUGCCGGAACCGCCAAUCGUUGAGAACUGGAUGGGUAGUGGUGGCGGUGGAGGAGGGGGAGGUGGUGGUGGAUUCUCGGGCGGAGGAGGUGGUGGCUAUCACCCAUAUAACCGCUUCAAUGGACACCGUCGCGGCGGCGGCGAUAGAGGAUGGCAGAGACGUGGAGGAGCCGGUUACCACAACAACCACGACAGAUUCAGAGAUAACCGUAGACACAAUAACCGCUACGAUAACCGAGAUCGGCGGGACCGCUACGAUGGAGGAUCCGGAUCUGGCGGAUACAAGCGGUCGCACGACCACAACAGUCCGCACUCUGAUCAUGACGGCCAUAAGCGUUCCCAUGACCAAAACCCGCGUCACGAUCCUCCCAGCGGCGAACCACCUAUGAAGGUGAGACGCGACUAUGGAAACUUUGUGCCUGCCUCCAAGGAUUAGGAAUCAAAACUGUAGCUUAAAUAUAAGAGAAUACUCCAAAUAUUACAAUCAAUUUUACACA